UCAUAAUCAUCCUCCCAUCCUUUCAUCACCAGUUUGUCCAAAGAUCAAAUUGUAUCCACAAAUUAAUUGUCUAUUCAACAUUUCUCCUGUAAAGUCCAGUUCUCACCUCUUAUCCAUCCUAUGUUGAUGUUUACGUUGUUGCCCACCUAAAGUGUUGAUCUUUAUAAUUUCAUCUCAAUAUCGUAAACUUAAUUUAGUUUUUAAUUUAGUUUAGUGUUUUAACAUCUUUAGACUUGAUUAGUUGGUCAAAUCAUCUCUUCAUCUGUUUAAGGUUUAACCGUUUUCCUGGUACCACUUGUGAUAAAUACUUCAAAUUGGUCUUGGUAACAUGUUAUGCAAGUCCAACUGAUUGUGUGAUUAAUACUCAUUAUAUAAAAUCAGUCAUCGAUCAUGAACAAUUUGUUAAUUAUGGUUCCAUUGGUUUCUUUUCUCGCUGCUCUUCGUAUAUUAUCUGAAGCAACUAGUUGUAAUAAUGGUCAGGGUAAAUUGGUUUUUGAAAAAAUAUCGGAUCAUCGUUUGAGUGGAUCAUCAAAUACCAAUUUUGGUAACAAAGGAGAGAGAGAAUUGAUUACUCGAAGUGAAUCUCCAAUUAAAGUGCUUGAAGAGUGUGUCCGUAGAUGUCAAGAGGAUAAAGUUUCUACAAUUGAAAAUUGUUUAUCCUUUGAUUUUGCUCCUGGAGCUCGACGAUCCUCACCUUUUCAUACAAAUGAUCAACUUCAUCCUCAAGGAAUAAAUCACGUUGCUCCUGGGUUACCUGGAGCUAGUAGAUUAUCAGCUGAAUAUGAAGAAUCUCAAUGUAUCUUAUAUGGUGACCGAGCUAAUCCAGAUGGAGGGGAAACAUUGGUUAAACAAGAAAAUGCCUGGCAUUUCAAUGAAGUUUGCCUUAAUUCUCCAAAAUUGGCUAGUGAUUGUUCAAACCGUUUAUACACAUUCGAGCGUAUUCCUGGUUUUAGAUUUGAAGGGACCAAAGAUAAAGAAGUAUUCACAGCUAACAGAACUGAAUGCUCUGAUAGGUGUUUGGAUGAAACUGAUUUUCCUUGCAAAUCAGCCUCGUACGAUCGAGCUAACUCUAAAUGUCGACUCAGUCGGGAAACUCGUUCCUCUAAUUUUAGAGCAUUUACUGUUGAUUCAAAUUCAGAUUAUAUGGAAAAUAUGUGUUUAAAAGGUUCAGAAAUUUGUUCGUCAACUGUGUUCAUCAUUGAGCCAAACAAGGAAUUGGAAGGACCAUUUGAAAGAGAUUUAUUGACUGCUAAUGAUCUCAACGAAUGUUUUAAUUUAUGCAAACGUAGUUUGGAAGAUAAAGGUUUCCUGUGUCGAUCAUUCAAUUAUGAUGAUCAGGGUAAAACUUGUAUUCUUUAUGAUGAAGAUCCAACACUACAGGCAGAGCUAAAUGGUGAUAUUCGAUCAGCCAAUCAAGUUGGCCGUCGUCCUAUGAAACAAUCUCCCGGUCAUUAUUAUAGAGUCUUAUGUAUAGAUGCAGAAAGGGAUGCCGCAAUGACAAAUGCUACAUUAGAAUGUUAUCGACGUAAACGAUUAGAUGGUCCUCAUGAAGUUGAAAUAACUGCUUACAGUUUUUAUAAUUGUCUUGAAGAGUGUACUCGCCGUUAUUCACGUAAUUGUAAAUCAGUUGAAUAUUCAUCAUCAACCAAAUCUUGUCGAUUCAGCUCUGGUGAAAUGAGUGAUUUAUGGCAAUCUAAUUUAGUCGAUGAUCCAUCUUAUGAUUACUACAAAUUCUUAUGGCAUCGUACAAUCGAAGAUAAUCAAGCUUUCCCAGCUAUUCCUGGUCAACAUCCUUUGGUACAAACUCAAUUAUCACCUUAUGGAAUUAAUUUCCCUGCUCCAGGUCAUCCUGGUUUUUCACCUGAUCACUCUGGUUCACCUCAUCUUCCUGGUUCAAUUCAUGGUCCACCAAGACCUAUGGGUAUUCCUCCAAUGUCAGCGGCUAGCUCAUCCGGUUGGCAUCAAGCACCAGUUUGGAGAGGUGGAGAUCAUCAUCGCGGUGGUUACGGUUUUGAAAGGAAUCAUCCAAACUUUGCGUUUGGACCUGCUCAACAUAAUUUCCAACUUAAACAAACACAGUUUCCACUAAAUCCAUACAAUACUUUUGCCCAUCGAAAUUAUCCUCCUUUGCCUCCUGGAACACCAGGCUUUGGUUCACCUUACAAUUUUCCUCCAAGUCAUCCUGGCUCGCUUGGUCCGCCUGGUAGUCCACCAUCAGCAUCUCACAAUGGAAAUUCAUCUCCUGGCUCUGGACAAUCACCAUCAUCUUCCUCGUCUUCUUCCUCAUCUUCUUCUAAUUCCUUGUCAGCUCCUCCAGGUAUAAUGGCUCCUCCAAUACCUCCAAGUCAUGUAAUACCAUAUCACUCAAUUGGUUUACCAGUUCCUCCUCCGUCUGGUCUUCCCAACGGAAUUCAUCCAAAUAGCCUUGUUCAACCUCCUCCUCCACCUCCACCACCAGCUCCCUUUGGUCCUCCUCCAUUCUAUCAAGACCGGUGUAAAUUCCCUCCUGGAUCAGCUCCAGGUGGACCUAAUGCUCCUUUAAUUGGUCCACCAGGUAAUGGACUUGGAAAUCGGUUCAACCGUAUCGGUUUUGGUACUCGACUUCGAAGUACAUACAUUUUCAAAGUCGUGAGAGCUGAUAGACUUGAGGAUUGUGAGCGCCAAUGUGUUGAAUCUAGAGAUUAUCUUUGUGCAUCAUUUAAUUAUCGCGGUUUCUUUGCUUCUGACAACUGUGAACUUUCGCAAUAUGAUUCAAAGCAGUUUAAAUUGGACAAUCCAGCCUACUUUGAGCAAGCAACUCAAUUUGACUAUUACGAACGAGAUGGCUUCGGUUCCUCUGGACUUGGUUUUCCAGCAGAGUGUCUUGAAGUUGCUCAAACAUGCACACCAGAAGGAAUGGAAUUCACAUUGAAAACUCCUGAAGGUUUCUUCGGUAGAAUCUAUACUUACGGAUUUUACGAUUCUUGUUUCUAUGAUGGUAAUGGAGGUCAAGUAUCUGUGCUUCGUAUAUCACGAGCUAAUGGAUUCCCUCGAUGUGGAACUCAACAAUAUGGAGAUGCCAUGACAAACAUUGUCGUCGUACAGUUUAAUGAUUACGUUCAAACCAGUAGAGAUAAGAAAUACAAUUUGACAUGCUACUUCUCUGGUCCAGGCGAAGCAGUCGUCACUUCAAAUUAUUUAGAUACUAAAACUGAUGGACGAUAUCCAACGCAAAUCGAACAUCUUCCAGCUCAAAAUAUUUUAACUUCCAAUGUUGUUCUUCGUAUUCUGUACCGUGGAACACCUACUAAUACAAUAGUUGUUGGCGAUUUGUUGACCUUUCGUUUAGAAGCACGAGGACAAUAUCGUUACGAUUACUUCAAUAGCGAUAUAUUUGCAACAAAUGUUAUCGCCAAAGAUCCAUACACAGGAAAACAGGUUCAUUUGAUUGACUCUCGUGGUUGCCCAGUUGAUCUUUAUGUCUUCCCUGAACUUCAUAAAACACCUGAUGGAGCAUUAGAGGCUGAAUUUUAUGCAUUCAAAUUGCCUGAUUCUAAUUUCCUGGUUUUCCAAGCAACUGUAAGAACUUGCCGAGGACCAUGUGAACCUGUAAUUUGUUCUGAUCGUGGUCGAGGACCUGGCUCGUUCCCAUCAUGGGGAAAACGAAGACGUCGAAGAGGUUUACCCGAUUCAGAUAAAGUCAACAUGACUACCAACUAUCUUCAGGAAGGUGAUGAAGUAACUGCCGAGAAUGAUCCUUAUAAUGCUACAAGUGAUGACGAAGAAGAGGUUCACGAGUUAUUGCAAGUUUACUUGUCGAAAGCCGAUAUUCCUUCCCCUGAAUCAAAACCUUUGGUGAUGGUUGAACCUCCUAAAAUAUGCGUUGCCUCUUCAGGCUAUUAUGCCUUAAUCACAGUGAUAACUAUACUUGUCUCGAUAAUCAUCGCCAUGCUGAUUGCUGCGUUUUUUGUCUACAAACAAGGCAAAAGAAUCUCCCUAAAUCAAUCAAGUAAUCUAAAUGGAUCACAGCCUUGUUCAAAUUUAUAUGUUACCCCAUUGACCAAAAACGGUGGUUGCUCUGAUUUCGAUGACCCGAGCGAACCAAUUUACACUGACCCAUCGUUAUUUGAACGAUCUAGAAGCUUAAGAAGUGUUACUUUAACAACCUGUGGGAAAGGUGAUUCAGGUUUUAUAGUGGACCAUUAAUGAUAUUCAAUUAUAUCAAAAGUCUUUAUUUCAUUAGUGUUGCUUACAGGUGAUCAGUAUUUCAUGUACGAAUACAUUUCUCAAUGUGAUUCUCUUCUCACUUUUAUAAUUUGCAUACAAAACCCUGAACUUUCUCAAUAUUUGAAUGUGUAACCUUCUUAUAAAUCACAAUAGACUUACGAUGCAUAUUACGUUUCUGUUAUUCUGUAUUUCUGAUCUAUGUUAAAAUUUUAUUUUCAUUACAUUCUUUAUUAAAAAAUG